GACAGCUACGUGCUUUGGCAAUAAGCUUGCAUGUGUUGGUGUCCAGAAAAGAACUUAAGAACCUGCUGAGCAUUCUUUAUUAUGCAGAGUACACACCCUACAAUAUAAUACAAUAGUCUGGAUUGGAUGGCUGCAAUUUGAUCAUCUGAUCAAUUCGUCAUUUGUCAUGGGGAAAGACGUGGAGCUCCCCUGUCUAAACAUAGACUGGCCCACUGGGUAAUGAACCCUUGCCUACAGAUGGGAGUGAUGCCUGGUCCCUACAAUGACAUGACUACAAGGAUCAUCACUGUGUAGCUUCUCCAGAUUCUACAAGGUUAAGAUUGUCCAUCCCUGUAGUGUGAAUCCGUUGGUCAUCUCAGAACACAUUUCCAGUCAGUCCUUAGGUGGGUCGAUUCCUCAUGACAUUGCGAUAUAGGUUAUAGGUGAUAUAGGAGGGGUGAAGCAGAACACUAGUUAUGUGACUGUGACUGUGGUUCUGUGAACACCUGAUAACUUCCAGGGUUCUAUUUUAUUCAGAACCAGCGCCAAACCGGCAGCAUCUCUGUGAGAAGGUUCCAGGGAAUGAUGGCUGUAUGAUUGUGGUAUUUAUUGGAAAUACUGUCAUACAGUCACUUUGUGACUUUAUUGAAGGUCUUGAUAUGCAUGCAUACAUGCACAAGCAGGUAUCAAGAUCAUUCCCACAGCCAUUCCUGUGUUCAUGGAACCAUAGAUAUGUAACUGGCGUUUUCUGUUCUGCUUAUAUUGAGUCAAAUUAUUUGUUGAUGUUUCUUCUCAAUCUAGCCAUCUGUUCUAGACAUUGCUAUGAUGGUAAAUGGAAUUAACUGGGGUUAGUGGCCACUUUGAAGCUCAUCUUUAUCUCUUAACAAGAUUACAUCGUUUGUCACAGUGUGAAGCAAUAGGUGAGAUGCACAGAUGCAACAAAUUUUAUUUCCCAAGCUUGAGUUUGUGCUGAGGUCUGGCAGUUAAUUACUCUUUGCAUAUUGACCAUUUUACGAAGUCUCUAAAAUAAUAGCUUGGUAUAAAGUAUUGUAUGGUUCAGUGUUUUUCAGCUGUUAUCUUGCUGAACUUACUGUACCUGGAGGAUUUGGCAAUCCAAAGUCAGACGAAGCUUACAUUCAGUAUGACAGUCAGAAAGGUCCAAGUAAAAGUUUUAAUUUCUUUUAUGAAAAUAAGCCAGAAGACUUCUUAAUAUUGCAGUGUAUGGUAAAUCCUUUCCCACAGAUAUAUGGUUUUCACAAGAAUAGAUAGAUAGACUUUCUUGUGAAGGUUUGACUUUUUGUGUAGUGUUUGUAUUUUGGCUGCUACUUUUCCACAAAAUCCACAUGCCUAAUCUAUAAAUAUUCUUCAAAUUUCUUUAAAUAUCAGAGCAUGAGUUUACAGGUAGUGUGCUACUACUGUUCCCUCUAAUUACUUCAUAUUAAAAUGUCUUAAAAUUUGUUUCAUUUGUCACAGGAGACAAAUGGAGACCAACGCAAUUACAACAAUAAAAGAACAAUGGACAGUGAAGAAGAAGGGUCCAGACGAGAAGACUUGCUGGCCUGCAAUGAGCUGUCCAACAUGGAGCGCCGCAGACCCAGCAGUGUUGACAUGACAGAAGAAGAGUUGGAGAGUACGUUCUCUCAGCUGGCUCUGUCCUUCUACAGCGAUCAAUACACACUGAACCAGAGACUGCAGGUAGAGGAGCACGCUCACAACAAAGCUGAGGAGAAUCUGAAACUGGAAAUGGAACGAGGCCGAGACUUGUUGGAGGCUCUGAAGGGAAUGUGUUCGGACAUCAAACGUUCAAAAAUUAUACAGCAAUUAGACUUAUGUCUGACCAUCAUUCAAGGUACUAUUCAGCGAGUCGCUAGCACAGCAGAGGUGCUGGGAGCUGUCCACCAGAUACACAACACCUUCUGAAACUGACCACAGGUUGGGACUGUUUGCAGCAGUAUUGGUGCGCAGAAAGCACAAAGAUUGAUUUUGCAAUCAUACAGAUUUACAAUCAUACGCAUUUUAUUAGGAGUUUAAAAAAAUACCUGAAAAUAUAAGGCUACUUCUGUAUUAUCUCUAAAGCUAGAGCAUUAAGCAUUAACAUAUCUCUGAUUAAUGUGCCUUGAUGUUUUGGCCUUUUGAGCAGGAAGCCAAGGUAAGCCAUGCAGUGAAGCUGAUGAUCGCUCAUGUGGAGAAUCUCAAGCAUGUUCAUGAGAAACAUACUGCAGAGUUGAAGAACCACAGCAGCCAGCUUUGCAGCGCAGAAUCCGUGGAUCUCUCACCUCUAAGAAGGACCAUGUCAAAUCAUUACGAAUCACAUACUUCUCUAGGGAUCAGCCUACAGGUCAAAUCUGGCCUGCCAAUGAAAAAGGAAACUUUCUCUUUGUCAUGGGAAAUUACCAUAAUUGCAGUGAAAGGGUGCAGUAACAGAGUGACAGACUGAGAAUUUUGGAAGCGUUUGUUACUGUGGUUCAGCGUAGGAUGGGCCCCAUGUUUUCUUGUCAGAGGCUGAAGAGUAAAUCAACACUGGAAAAGAGCUCUUCCUGUCAUGAGGGACCAGAGCAGUAUCUCAGUGUGUGCAGAACUAUUGCAACUAGCCGGCAUCAGCCCUUGAUACAGUGGUUUUAUCACUGUCGCUGGAUAAUACUAGCAUUCUACCUCAUAGUGCUGUGUUUUAUCAUCAUAUUAGCCAUCACAGUCUGGUUUCUACAAGCACCAGUGUUGUGGUUAUAAUGUAAAAGGCUUGAUAAAUACGGAUAAUAAUUUAAAGGUAUUGAAUAUCUCAGGAAAUAUGCUACAUGGUAUUUAAAUACAUAGCAUACUAUCAUUUAAAGAACAGUCAGCAGGCAAAAAUCAGAGAAGGCUUUCAUCUUAACAAAUCUAAAUUUAAAAUAAAAAAUACUACUGGUGUUCCUAAAUAAAUUGUUUAAUAGCAUGAUAUACCAAAAAUGGUAAUAUCGGUACUGUGAGAGUAUUGUACUGUUCAAUAUGUAUCCAUAUGUAAGGGGUGUCCUACUGGUCAAUAUGUGUGAUUUUUAAAUUUGUGGUAUAUUCCAUAAAAUAAAGAUGGCAAAGUUUUA